AUGUCGUCCUCGUCGUCCACUCCCAAGGCGGAGAGGAAACCGUGGAGGUUGGGGCGCCUGGCCGUGGGGGCCAGAAAAGGCAGCAUGAAGCCGGCCUCCCUGGAGCUCAACGAGAACGCCCCCAACGCGCGUUACGCGCCCUUCUCCCUCUCGGCGGCGGGAGGACCCCAGGGGGGCGGCGGCUCGCCUCUUCAGCCGCCGCAGCAGCACGGCUGCCUGGAGGCGGGGGCGCCGGUGGUGGUGAACGCGGACUACCCGCGCCCCCCGAUCAGCCUGGACCCGCGCGUCUCCAUUUACAGCGUCCGCAGACCCCUGCUGAGCCGGAGCAACAUCCAAGGCCGCGUGUACAACUUCUUGGAGCGGCCCACCGGCUGGAAGUGCUUCGUCUAUCACUUCACGGUUUUCCUCAUAGUGCUGGUCUGCCUUAUAUUCAGUGUGCUUUCCACGAUUGAUCAAUAUUCAACUCUGGCCACGGGGACAUUAUUUUGGAUGGAAAUUGUAUUAGUGGCGUUUUUUGGAACAGAAUAUGUGGUUCGAUUGUGGUCUGCAGGAUGCCGCAGUAAAUACGUUGGCUUUUGGGGAAGGCUUCGGUUUGCUAGGAAGCCUAUUUCUAUAAUUGAUUUAAUUGUAGUUGUUGCUUCAAUGAUAGUGCUCUGUGUGGGUUCUAAACAAGUUUUCGCAACCUCUGCUAUCAGAGGCAUCCGGUUUCUGCAGAUCCUGCGCAUGCUUCAUGUGGACCGACAAGGUGGCACGUGGAGACUGUUGGGCUCAGUAGUUUUCAUACAUAGACAGGAAUUAAUCACCACUCUGUACAUCGGCUUUCUAGGCUUGAUUUUUUCUUCUUAUUUUGUGUACCUGGCUGAAAAAGAUGCUGUGAAUAGUGACGACGAAAAUAAAUUUGUCAGCUAUGCAGAUGCCCUUUGGUGGGGAGUAGUGACUGUUACAACCAUUGGAUAUGGAGACAUUGUGCCCAAGACAUGGAUAGGAAAAACCAUUGCAUCUUGCUUUUCUGUAUUUGCAAUUUCAUUUUUUGCCCUGCCUGCGGGAAUUCUUGGUUCUGGAUUUGCUCUGAAGGUACAACAGAAACAAAGACAGAAGCACUUCAACCGACAAAUUCCAGCAGCUGCUUCUCUCAUUCAGACUGCCUGGAGGUGCUAUGCAUCAGAAAACCCAGACUCUUCAACAUGGAAAAUAUACAUAAGAAAACCUUCUAGAAAUUAUCACUUGAUGUCCCCUAGUCCCAAACCAAAGAAAAUAGGGAUGGUAUCGGUGAAAAAGAAGAAGUUUAAGUCAGAAAAAGAUAAUGGACUAAGUUCUCCUGACAGAAUGCUACCUGUCCCACAAAUCACAUAUGACCAUGUCACAGAUGACAGGAACUCUGAAAAUUUUCAUGUGGAUGCAUAUGAAAAUUCUGUCCGACAGCAUUCCUGGACAUCCUUUUCUGCAGAGCAACCAUCUUCCAGUUGUCCUCCUUCUCCAGUGAAAAAAACCUCCCCGUUUUUAGAUGCAAACAUGGGGCCGUUCAUUAGGACCAAUAGUUUUGCUGAUGAACUUGACCUGGAGGGUGAGACAUUGCUGACCCCAAUAACUCACAUCUCACACUUGCGAGAACAUCACCGUGCUGCCAUUAAAGUGAUACGUCGGAUGCAGUAUUUUGUGGCCAAGAAGAAAUUUCAGCAAGCCAGAAAACCUUACGAUGUACGUGAUGUUAUAGAACAAUAUUCACAGGGUCAUCUCAAUUUAAUGGUGCGGAUAAAAGAGCUUCAAAGAAGGUUGGACCAAUCUAUAGGGAAACCAUCACUGUUUAUUUCUCUCUCAGAAAAAAACAAAGACCGGGGGAAUUAUACAGUUGGUGCCCGACUGAACAGAGUGGAAGACAAGGUUAUCCAAAUGGACCAGAAGCUGAACCUCAUCACUGACUUGCUGCACCACCUGGUGUCCAGCCAGGGAGGAAACCAAAGCAGCAGCAAAUCAUCUCAAAGGAAUGAUAAUUCUGACCUCUUUCUGUCCAGCAACACCCUUCCUACCUAUGAGCAACUGACAGUUCCAAGGAGUAUCCAGGAUGAUGUAUCUUGAUGCAGCAGUUUUCUUCUUUUUAAAUGACACUGAACAUUGUGAAUCUUGAUGAGGUGGGAUGGGGACAAAUUAAAGUUCAUAAUCAGCCAUAAAAUAAUUAAGCUUGUCUACUAUACCAGUUUUACUAACCUCAGAUGCAUUCUUCCAAAGACAAUUAUGCAGACAACCAUGAAACCUUAAAGCCUGCACUGUGUUGUUUUUAAUGUGGUACAUUUGUUAGUUCUAUUUUUGUGUGUGUGUGAAUCAAUCAUAGUAGUGUAAUCUGUCAUUACACUGAAAGACCAAAAACAGUAAGUGAUGAAGACAGGCAAACAGUCUACUGGGUACUACUGCUGCCAGCAAGGUGUGGAAGUUCUACACAAAUGUCUCUGAAGUGGUUUGCUAACUUCUGCAGCAGCUAUGCUUGGCAGAUUGCAUCCUAUGGUUCUUUAUAAUAAUAGUGAUACUUGAACAGAGAUGGUAAUGUGUACUUUCUGUUUAUGAUUCUGCUGAUAACAAUAUCAUUUUGCUAAUUAGAUUCUAACGGAAAAUAAUGUAUGUUGACUUUGUUAUAUAAACAUACCACUGCCAUUUUAGAAAAUGGCAAAAGCACA